AUGGCUUCUGUUGAAAAUCUAUCAAGGGGAGAAAUGGUUUAGUGGAUAAACGAGGUUCUCAAAUUAAAUAUAACAAAAAUAGAAUGCUUUGGGACUGGAGCUAUAGCAUGUCAGUUGAUUGAUUGCAUUCACAAUAAUAAAGUUCAACUAAGUAAAGUAAAUUGGAAAGCAAAGCUUGAAUAUGAGUUUGUCAACAAUUUCAAAGUUCUAUAAUAGUCAUUCACUAAGAUAGGAAUUAACAAACCAAUAGAUGUUGAGAAAUUGACAAAGUGCAAAUAUUAAGACAAUUUAGAGUUUGCACAAUGGAUAAAAAAGUAUUUUGAUUAAAAUGGAGGAGCUAAAUAACUACAAGAAUACGACCCAGUUGGGAAAAGGGGAAAUAUUGAGGUAGAUUUUAGCUUUAUUGAAGGUAAAAGCAAUGCUGGAGCUUCAACAACAACUACUAUAAAUUCAAAAGAUUCUAAUAUUCAGGGAAAUAAAGUAAAUUAAAAUAGAAAAUAAGUAGCUCCUAGAUAAGCGACGAGUAUCAUGAUUUCCAAUGAAAUUUCCAAUGAUUUAAAUAAAUCUCAAACUCUUUAUGAAUAGAAAGAAUAAAAGGAGCAAAAUAAUUUUAACUACAACAUUAGGGGUUAGAAUUAAAUCUAUGAAAGUAUAAUAGUUAACUAAAGAAAAUCUAGUAAUUCAUCCAACUCUUCAGCAUAGAGUAAACCUUUUAACAAAAAUAUGAUAAAAAAUGUUUAAAGUUCAUAUGAAAUAAACAGUGUGUAUAAUAAUAGCAAUUUCUUGUUACCUAUCACAAAUAAUAAUUACAAUAAUAACAAUAACAAUAACAUUAACAACAACAACAACAAUAUUGUGGUGAGUAGCUAUAGCGAUUCAAAUGCAAUUAAUUAAAAAUUACAAGAAGAAAGAGAGUUCUAUUUUAGCAAGCUUAAAAAUAUAGACCAUCUUCUUGAGCUUUAUGAGGAGUUAAAUCUUGGAGAUGAAGUAGAUGAAUUAGUUUUUAAAAUAAAAGAUAUUCUCUAUUCUACUCCUCAAGAAUAGGUUCAAAUACAACCUGAUUCUAAUGUUUUAAUUACCUAAAAAUAAGAACAGAAAGAAAAUCAUGACAGAAAAAUAUUUAUUUCAGAGUACGUGGACUAAGUUGAAGAGGAUAAUAAUUGA